ACACAAGGGCAGGGGGUUCAGGGUGGGCUGGGGGAGGGUCAGGAGUCAGGGAAGCCGGGACCUGGGCCCACCACACCGGCCUGCCCUCCCAGCCGCAGGGGGCAGAAGCCACAGACUGUCCACAUGGAAACGCUAGAAGGCCAAAGGCCCAGGCCAGCAGGGCUCCGGAAGAACUGAUAAAGCCCUCCUGGCAGGAGGCCUCGUCGUGGGCCAGGUCCUGGUCACAGGUUCACUGGUCCCCAAGCAGGCCCUGUCACCUGGACACACCCAGAUCCACCUGCCUAAGCCCCCUGCCCACAGCCAGGCUCCCGCCCAGCCCAGGGCCCGCUGCCCUGAGCGUCAGAUCCGAUGGGGCCCAGCAGGGACACAUCGGAAAGUGGGCUCCCCAGGGUGAAGGGGCAGCGUUGGGGGAGGGGCGAGAGAGAGGCGGGCCCUGGAGCCAGGACCCCAGCCCCCUCCAAGGAGCACUGGGCCUUCAGCACCCAGGCGCUCCAUUGGAUCCCCAGCGCCGGGAUACUAAGGCCAAGAGAGGACUGGGGAGUGGGGACUGGCGAGAGAGGGUCUGGGCGGAAGGGGGAGACCCUGGGGUCCUGUCCCGGAGCGGCUCCGGAGGCCCAAGAAGCAAAGCCGGGCGCGGGGAGGGCCCUCUGAAGGCCCGCGAGGACCCUAAGGCCGCCUCGAGUACUUGGCCCGAUCGAGGCCCUCCUGUUCCGGCCGGAGGGUCCUCUCGAGCCGGGGUGCCCUCGCCCCCUACCCCACCGCCGUCCGAGGGCGCCCCUCAUCCCGGCCCCAGCGCCCCGCGCGCCCCGGUCGCCCUGCGCCGGCCGGGCGGAGGGGAAAAGUCGGCGAGCGCGCGGCGCCCGCGGGGGAAAGCGUUAAUGGGCGGCCGGGUGGGAGCCGUGCGCUCGCUCGCCCACGUCACGCCGGUGCGGGCUCGGCUGACGACCGCGGCGCCUGGGGACGCCGGCGCGCUCCGCUCGCUCGCCAGGUGCUCCGCCUGGAAAUGUCUCCAUUAGUUGUCGCCCGCUCCCCGCUGGAGCGCGCGCGCCGAGCGGCCGCGCGGAGCCCUCGCGGGCGGCCGGCAGUGGCCCGGCGCCACCGCAGUGUCUAGAAGCCCGCGGCGCCCGAGCAGUGGCCGCGCCACGCCGGCCCCCUCGCUCAGGACCCUGCCGGCCCCGCCCGCCGGCCUCGGGCCCGCCAUGUCCUACCCGCAGUUUGGGUACCCCUACUCCUCGGCACCCCAGUUCCUGAUGACCACCAACUCCCUGAGCACGUGCUGCGAGUCCGGUGGCCGCACGCUGGCCGACUCCGGGCCAGCUGCCUCGGCCCAAGCGCCCGUCUACUGCCCGGUCUACGAGAGCCGGCUGCUGGCUACCGCGCGCCACGAGCUCAACUCGGCCGCGGCGCUGGGCGUCUACGGGGGCCCCUACGGCGGCUCGCAGGGCUACGGCAACUACGUGACCUACGGCUCCGAAGCGUCCGCCUUCUACUCGCUGAACAGCUUCGACUCUAAGGAUGCGCCGGGAUCUGCGCAUGCGGGCCUCCCUCCCGCCGCUGCCGCCUACUACCCUUAUGAGCCGGCGCUGGGCCAGUACCCGUAUGACAGGUACGGGACCAUGGACAGCGGCACGCGGCGGAAGAACGCCACGCGGGAGACCACCAGCACGCUCAAAGCCUGGCUGCAGGAGCACCGCAAGAACCCCUACCCCACCAAGGGCGAGAAGAUCAUGCUGGCCAUCAUCACCAAGAUGACCCUCACGCAGGUCUCCACCUGGUUCGCCAACGCGCGCCGGCGCCUCAAGAAGGAGAACAAGAUGACCUGGCCUCCGAGGAACAAGUGUGCAGAUGAGAAGCGGCCCUACCCCGAGGGCGAGGAGGAAGAAGGGGGCGAGGAGGAAGGCCGGGGGCAGCCCCUCAAGAGUACCAAGGCUGAAGAGCCCAUCGGCAAAGGCAAGGACCUGGAGCUCAGCGACUUGGAGGACUUUGACCCCCUGGAGGGAGAACCCCCAGAGUGCGAGCUGAAGCCUCCCUUCCAGCCCCUGGACGGUGGCCUGGAUCGCAUCCCCACCGGGCCGGAAGGGCCCAGCGCCCCGGGGAAGGAGGCUCCGGGCGCCCUCCGGCUGCCCCUGGCCGCCGGGGACGGGGCCGCUCUGGACCAAGACCUGGAGAGGGCCCGGAGCUGCCUCCGGAGCGCGGCGGCCGGGCCGGAGCAGCCGGCGGGCGCGGGCGCGGGGGGCGGCCCACAGGUCUGCGAGUCUAAGCUGGGCUUCGCUCCCUCUGGGGCGUCGGCCGGCCUCGAGGCCAAGCCGCGCAUCUGGUCCCUGGCACACACGGCCACCGCGGCCACCGCCACCGCCUUCAGCCAGACUGAGUUUCCCUCGUGCAUGCUCAGGCGCCAAGGCCCCCCCGCGGGCCCUGCGGCCCCCUCCUCGGCACCCGCCUCCUCCUCGCCCGCGGCCCCGGCCCCUGCCGGUGCCCUGGACAGGCACCAGGACUCCCCGGUAACCAGUCUCAGAAACUGGGUAGACGGGGUCUUCCACGACCCCAUCCUCAGGCACAGCACUUUGAACCAGGCCUGGGCCACAGCCAAGAGCGCGCUCCUGGACCGGGGGUCGCUGGGCCGCUCGCUGGGGGCGGGCGCCAACGUGCUGACCACGCCCCUGGAGCGCCCCUUCCCGCCCGCUGCGCCCCCCGACGCCCCCGCCGCCGGCAACGCCAAGGACCUGCUGGCCGUGCCAAAGGCCGGCGGCAAGCCCUUCUGCGCCUAAAGGUCAGGGCGGCGGGGCGAGGAGAGAACCGGCGCUCAGGCCGCAGGCGCGAACGUGGCCUACCCUUUUUUACCGAGUGUCCAAAGCGAGGCGAAAGGGCGGCGCAGCUCAGGCCGCCAGCCCUCCCCGGAGGGAGCGUCUGAACUCGGGCUCCCCGGGGCCACGGACAGGAGUCGGCCGGGCCCUCCCCAACCGAGGGACCCGGCCGGACAGGGCUGCUCUCAGAGCAGCAGGGAGACACCCUGAAGCAUAAAGUUUACGUCCAAAAGUUUACAUGCGAAGACGCGUCGUUCGAGGCCCGUUUGUGUUGCUGUCCCCUCUGGGUUUGAGGCUUGCCGCUGUUCCUCGUGAAGACUCCUCAGCCUGCUGACCUUCCGAUUUCAUCCUCAGCACAUACUUUUCACCAACAGCACUUCACCGAGUUUACACUGUUGAACACUCUUAACCCGAUAAAAUGUUUUUUUAAUGUAUGUUCACACCAGUAAUUGCCUGCUUCAGAGGCUGAUAUAACAAAACCAAUAAAACCGAGUGAUGGUGUUUGCAUUGCAAAA